AGAUGAUCAAUGGACUCACGGAGAGAAUCAGGCGUCAAACGAUACUGGAUUCAUAUGUUCAGGAUAUUCAACGUAGGUGUGGUAGUUGACUUGAUUGAAUCGCCCGUAUUACCGAGUCUUUACGGAGGUAGGAUAGGCAUGAUCCCCCAGCAUAUCAUACAUGUUGGUUGUAUCUACCCCUGUUCAACUACUGCGACGUUGUAUUUCGAUAUAUAGUAUAAGUAUACAUAGCUAUGCUGC